AUGUAUGUAUUAUUGGAGCUCGAGCUGUGGUCGUUUGGUUACAAUAUGGACAAGGCAUGGGUUUGGCUUCCAAGGGCUAGCCUUGAGUAUGUCCAAGGAGCAACCGAUUUUGUUAGUCUAUCAACAAGAAGAUUGGGUAAUCCAGCCGAGAUGUUUUGUCCUUGCGAUCAAUGUCGCAAUGUUUGCUAUCAGCUGAGAGACACAAUAGUGGAGCAUCUAGUGAUUAAUGGUAUGGAUCAUAAAUAUAAGAGGAGCUCUUGUUGGACCAAGCAUGGAGAUAUAAGGAAUGAUAGCUCAGAAAAUGUUCCCAUAUCAGAAAGAGAGGCUUAUGAGCUGCUUAGGACUGCUUUUUUCUGUGGUGAAGGGAAUCCACAGUCAGCGAAUGAUAGUGGAGGUGAAUACAAAGACAGUGACACCAUAGAGGAAACUGCGUUUAGAAAGAAACUGAAGGAUGCAUAG